UGAACAGAACCCUCCCCUGCCUCCCUCUACCAUUCAUGUCCAGCCCCCUCCUGCUCUCUUUCUCUCUGUUUCUCAUCCUCCCUCCCUCCAUCUCUCCCCCUCUUUCUGUGUCUGUGUCUCUCACGCUCUCCCUCACACACACACUCUCGGCUUGCAGAGAAUGAGAGGAUAAACGUACAGACAGGAAGGACUGACCCAAGAGCGUUAGAGAGAGAUAGCGAGAGAGAGCCAGAGAGCGAGAGAACAAGAGAUCGAGGGAGAGAGGGACUAUCCAGCACUCAGUCAUUACGCUUCCAGGGAUAGCAGAGAGAGAGACAACAGAGCCAUACUACUAGAAUAUCUCUGUGUCCUGUAAUUUUGGAACUUUUUCACUUUAAUUUGUUAACUUUUUUUCACAACCUUAUUUUUUUAAUAUAACCUUAUUUUUUUCAUUCUGAAGCAGAGGACCUGGCUGUUACUUGUUCUUGUGUUCUCUGGGAUAUUUCUAAUGGUACUCUGCCCUCUGGUCUCCAGUGAUCAGCACACUGUGGACCAGGGACCUCUGUGCCCCUGACAAGGCAUCGUGGAGAGGCUGCUUGUCGUCAGGGCUGGGUUGCUGCUUCUUCUUUGCAGGGAAUGACCCUAGGAGUUGUGGGAUUGGUUGCACUACAGGGACGCUCCUGAAAAGCCUACGGAGGGGACUCAAAGUGAAGGAAGGGAAGGGAAGGAAGGCGCUGUGGCCCCACAAAACUGAGAGAACUGCCCCCCCCCUCCCCAACCCCAAGACGCCCCAUCCCACUGCAGCAUGGAUCUCCCCCCAUUCAGAGGUCUUUCUGAUGUGCCGUGAGAGGUGCGAGCCCCCCGCCCCAGUCCCGACCCCCUCCCUGGUGCUCCUUCUCCCAGGACCAGUCCCGACCCCCCCCCCUGGUGCUCCUUCUCCCAGGACCAGUCCCGACCCCCUCCCUGGUGCUCCUUCUCCCAGGACCAGUCCCGACCCCCUCCCUGGUGCUCCUUCUCCCAGGACCAGUCCCGACCCCCUCCCUGGUGCUCCUUCUCCCAGGACCAGUCCCGACCCCCUCCCUGGUGUUCCUUCUCCUAGGACCAGUCCCGACCCCCUCCCUGGUGCUCCUUCUCCUAGGACCAGUCCUGACCCCCUCCCUGGUGCUCCUUCUCCUAGGACCAGUCCCGACCCCCUCCCUGGUGCUCCUUCUCAUAGGACCAGUCCCGACCCCCUCCCUGGUGCUCCUUCUCCCAGGAUCAGGAUGGACCCUCUCCCGGGUCAUGGCCCUCCACCAGUCAGGAGGGACGUUGAUGGGCUGGACCUCCAGCAGGUGCCUGUCCUCUCCCUGGACCAGAUCCGCUCCAUCCGCGCCAACAACGACUACGUGGAGCGCCCCGUGACCCUGGACCAUGCCUCCCAGUCUGGCUUCUUCUACGCCCACGAUGACCGCUACCCCAUCACCCACGGAUACCCUCCUCAAGGUUACUCUCAUGGUUACCCUCAGGGGUACCCUCUCCCCCGGAGCCAGAGCCAGCAGCAACACGCCCACCUUGCCCAUCUGAGUCGCUCCAGUACUACCAGUUCAGCCAUGUCCCGGAUCAGUGCUGCCUCCGACCAGAGACUCCUGGUGGGCCUGACGCCCUCCCACUCUGGCCUGGCCUCGGUGGUGCGCUCCCAGCCUAAAGGAGAACUCAAGCCUGAGACUUCUCUGGGUAAAGGCCUGGUGGAGGGAGAGGACCUGGGCUUGCACGUGUUUAUCUGUGAGCUCUGUGGGAGGUGUAAGUGUCAGGAGUGCUGCGCCCCGCGAAGCCUGCCGUCCUGCUGGGCCUGUGGGCAGCGCUGCCUUUGCUCUGCUGAGAGUGCUGUGGAGUAUGGCACCUGUCUGUGCUGCGUCAAGGGCCUGUUCUACCACUGCUCCGCUCAGGAUGACGAGGACAACUGUGCUGACCGGCCCUGCGCCUGCACAUCCUCCCACGCCUGCACCCGCUGGGGCACCUUGGGCCUUCUGUCGCUGUGCCUUCCCUGUCUCUGCUGCUACCCACCUGCCAGGCUGUGCCUCGCCCUGUGCCAGCGGGCCCACGACAGAGCCACCCGCCCCGGCUGCCGCUGCAGCAACACCAACACCGUGUGCCGCAAGAUAUCCACCUCCAACCCCAACCCUGGGCACACCCCCUUCUGCAGCAAGUCCCUCGAAAAGCCUGUAUGACAGGGCUGCAGCGGGAGUCAGCCAUCGCCUAGACAACGCAGUCUCAAUGACAACAUUACUUUGACAACAAACACUGUUGCCAUGACAACGCCAUCGACCCGCCACCCACCCGUGACCUACCUACCGUGAACUUUCACCUUACGUACCUUCCAUACUUCUCCUCCUGCCUGAGGAGAAAUGACCAAAAGCUUUACUGUACUUCACUGUAACUGUACUGUACUGUACAUGUGGAGACUUGAGCCGAAACCUGAAAACCGCCUGGUGAUUUUUGCUGAACUGACUGCCAACCUUAACCUUACUGUGUUACAGUGUGGGCAUACUGCCUCUACCUUCCUCUUACUUUGUGGGCCAGCAUAGCGUACAUACUGUGGCUCUGCUCUGUGGGAUGGACUGGGGUUCUUCACUGUGCUGUGUGAUGGACUGGGGUUCCUCACUGUGCUGUGUGAUGGACUGGGGAUCCUCACUGUGCUGUGUGAUGGACUGGGGUUCCUCACUGUGAUGUGUGAUGGACUGGGGAUCCUCACUGUGCUGUGUGAUGGACUGGGGUUCCUCACUGUGCUGUGUGAUGGACUGGGGUUCCUCACUGUGCUGUGUGAUGGACUGGGGAUCCUCACUGUGCUGUGUGAUGGACUGGGGUUCGCUCUGUUAGACUUGACCUAUUUAUUAUUUAUUGGACUUCCUCCUCAGUGAGGUAGAGAGAGAGACAGAGAGAGCGGACCAUGUGUGACUCUGAGUACAGUGAGUAAGCUACUAGAACAAAUCCCAACACAGCCAUUAAUAAAAGGAGUCUCUGGCAAAUGUAUAUUCCAGGCAUGAGAUAUACAGAGACUGGGUGGUCUACAGGGAGUCUACAGGGUGUGCCUCCUUCCAUCCCCUCCCUCCCUCCCUGUCGCUCUGAAGAGGCAUCCUGGAGCCGACCAACAGAAUGGACAUACAAGAUGUGUCAAUGAGCGCCCAUGGCUGACAUUUUGUGUGAGGCUGAUGCAAAGACCCUAUCCUAAUGGUGGAACAAAACUCUAAAAUUGAAAAAUUUAUUACUGUUUGACACACCAAAAACGGACCAUGAUGUACUAGGUGAAUCUAAAGUGAUUAAACACAUUUGAUAUGGAAGGCACUAUGAGAUAUAGAGGUGGAUCGUCUGUAGUGUUCCCCAGCUGUCUGUCAUACGAACAGACUAA